GAAAACAAUGGAUGUGAUCUGUUAAAUAACGUUGCCUGAUUUUACCAGAUUUUCUCUGAAUUAGAUAAAAACCGUGAGACGUGAUAAAGCACCGCAGCAAUGAGAAAGAUACAAAGCUGAGUUUCUCAAUGUGAAGCCUACGAACAAUGAAUGCACCGUGUUGCUGACGCUGUAAUAGAUAAGUCGCUAAGGAUAAUCAUUGGUACAGCAAACGUGAUAAGAAUGUAAAUAAACAUGUGAUAAUGACAUGACGUGUAUGUAAUGUGAUUGGAUAGUUCAUCGUUUUUAUACUCAGAACUGUGUUAAACUAGUAACGAUGUCGCAGUAACAACUGUGCCGCGAAAGGAAAAACAAAAAUUCUCGACCGAUUACUGUUUCGAGCAAAAAACUUGCAACGGAUUCAUCAGGGCUGUCGCGUGAACUUCCAGAAAGGAGCAUACUGAAGUUUGAUAACUCGUAAGCAUGCAGUAAGUUAUUUUCUAUUGGCUCAUUGAUCCAGUCACAAAGCAAGCAAAAUUAAGAUUGCUGAUUGCUAGAAUCUAACGGCAUACCUCAAUAUUUUUAUAUACUUUCUGUCUCAAACAGUGAACAAAAAGUAUACAAUGUCCAAAAUCUUAUGCUGACAGGAGGAAAAUAUCUGCUCUCUCCGCUUCCUUACAUAUUGAUAGCAUUGAUAUCAUAAUAACAAGAAUGCCUCUAUUAACAUCCGCGUUAUACAGACGCCCUGAAUCCGAGGUAAAUCCUUUCCCAUCAAGACGGUCAGUGGUCCAUUCCGCUAAAGGAAUCAUCGCGAGCUCCCAACCAUUAGCCACAGCAUGUGGGUUGGAGAUACUCAGCAAAGGCGGGAACUGCGCAGACGCCGCAGUUGCUGUAGCUGCUGGUCUGAGUCUGACCGAGCCUGGAAACACCGGUCUCGGAGGUGAUAUGUUUUGCCUCUUCUACGAUGCAAAGACCAAAAAAGUUCACUCACUGAACGGAAGUGGCCGAGCCGGAGCCUUGUGUACCCUCGAGGCUGUGCGGGAAGAACUGGGGCUCUUGGAUGGCCAGGAAGGGAAAAUUCCUCUUCAUUCUGUCCACGCUAUUACAGUUCCAGGGACAGCUGCUGGAUGGGUCGAUACCGUAGAACUAUUCGGGAGUGGCAAAGUAAGUUUAGAGGAAAUUCUAGAACCAGCUAUUAAGCUUGCCGAAGAAGGGUUCCCCGUUAGUGAACUAGCAGCAUUCUCUUGGAAGGAGAGCGAGGACAAACUCCGUCAAGCCUCACCCAACAGCAGUGAGAUGCUGAAGAAAGACCCCUCCGCAAAAGAUGGCUUCCGAGCGCCAGAAGCCGGGGAAAUCAUGAAAAACCCAACUUUAGCGAAUACGUUUCGGCUACUCGCAAAGCACAAGAAAGCUGGCUUUUAUACGGGGCCUGUGGCAGAGGCACUGGUGAAAGUUGUUCAAGAUCUAGGCGGUUAUCUCACACUCGAUGAUCUCAAGCACCAUAUGGAAACGGGAACAGAAAAGACGGAGCCCAUUAAGUUCAACUUUAAGGCCCACGAUGUUGCUGAGACUCAUGGGCAGCAUAUGUCAGACGGAUCCAGGGAUGGGGUCGACGUGUGGGAACAUCCACCAAAUGGUCAGGGUAUCGUUGCUCUGAUUGCCUUGGGAAUAAUCGAAGAACUACAAAGGUCCGGUAGAAUUUCAAAAUUCUCCGCCGAAGAACACAACUCUGUCCGGUAUCUUCACGUUGUCAUCGAGGCGCUUCGCAUUGCCUUCUCCGACGCCAAUUGGUGGGUGUCCGAUCCGAUUUUCUCUCAAAUGCCGGCAAAAGCCCUUCUCGAUCCCAAGUACAUUGCUGAGAGGGCGGCAACUUUCUCUCCUGAAAAAGCCGCGGAUAUUUGUCUCCACGGGUUACCGGUUCACAGCUCCAGCGAUACCGUAUAUUUCGCCGUCACGGACAGUGAAGGCAAUGGUAUAAGCUUCAUCAACAGUAACUAUCACUACUUCGGCACAGGGAUUAUCCCGAAAGGCUGUGGGUUCCCGCUGCAAAACAGAGGUGCCAAUUUCGUGUUGCAACCAUCGAACCAUCCGAACAUCCUGGCACCGAGGAAACGACCGUACCAUACGAUUAUCCCGGCUCUCGUGACGAACGCGAGUGACCAGAGCCUGCACUCUGUCUACGGUGUCAAGGGUGGGUUUAUGCAGCCGCAAGGCCAUGUUCAAGUGCUGUUGAAUCAACUUGUUUUCCGGUUGGACCCACAAGCCGCACUCGACUCUCCCCGUUUUUGCAUCGGACCCGGUAAGACGAAUAAGAGCAAUGAAUAUGGGGACAUGAUUUACCUGGAGGAUGGGAUCUCUGCGGAGGCUGUCGAAGGUCUGAAGCGACUCGGCCACAAGGUGGAAUUAUUGAAGGGCAGAUCAAGAGAGAUGUUCGGCACGGGUCAAGUCAUUCGAUUUCAUGUAGAUGUGGUGGACGGUCAAGGUGUUUGGAGCGCGGGUAGUGAUCAAAGAGGCGAUGGUGCUGCCGUGCCAGUAAUAUAAUAUGUGAUGGGGAAAACAUAAAAAAAGUAAAUAAGAAGGUAACUGAAUAGCGGAAGAAAAUACAUUUUAUCCGGCUCAAAAUCAUCCAUAUGCAAGAAGGUAUCUAUCAGAGGGUUUUUUUUUGGGAAUUCAAUGAAAUCAAAGUUGAUAAAAUUUGAGAACAAGAUAUCAAUGUCUGCACAACGUAACAAAAAAAGUAAACAAAUUGUUAAUACAAAGUAAGUGCAAAAAAAAAAAUAAAAAAAAAAAAAUGAAAUAUAA